AUGACUAGUACUCCUCCUCCUUCAACUCCUGCUACUGCUGCUACUACUACUCCUACCACUCCUUCUGCCUGUUGUUGUACUGUUGAUGUUGCUACUGCUAAUACUUCUACUAGAGCUGGCAAAUGUGAUUUUUCGUGUCAUUCAUUGUUGAGCGAUAUAUUGAAAUAUGGGUUUGUUGAUGGUAGCAUCUCCAAACCAACGGAGAAGAAGAAGAAGCUUGAUUGGGACACUGUCAAUUCUAUGCUUGUAUCCUGGAUUUUGCGAGCCAUUGACCCGAAACUUGCGGCUUCUACUCCAUACUUUGAGGAAGCACAAAAUUUGUGGGAUUAUUUGGAGAAGCGCUUCUGCGAGGCCAGUGGGAUUCGGCAUCAACAAUUGCGUUCUUCAAUCACUAAUUGCAAACAGUCGAAAUCAAUGACUGUUGAGGAUUAUUAUAACACUUUGAUGGGUUUCUUUGAUGAUUUGGUUAGACUCAAGCCUCCCCAUGGAUGUGAAUAUGGGAAUUGCACUUGCAAUGUGGCAGCGAAGUACAAACUUGACAGAGAAGAGGAAAAAUUACACCAAUUUUUGAUUGGUAUUGAUGAUGAAAAGUAUGCGGCUGUGAGGACCAAUUUCUUGUCUCAACAGCCACCGCCGAUGCUUGAUCGUGCGUAUCAUGCCUUUCUUCAAGAAGAAAGGUCUCGUGGCAUUGCUCAGUCCAAGGCUACCAAGGAGAGGGAUGAUGCACAUAUUUUUGCCCUUUCCUCUGAUCGCGGCAGAACUUCCCAGCCACCAACUCGGAUUGAUAAGUCUAAAUUGUACUGCACUCAUUGCAAGCGCCAUGGCCAUGAGAACUCCGGUUGCUUCAUGCUACACGGCUAUCCCGAAUGGUGGGUCGAGAAAUAUGGGAAGAAAGGGCAUGCUACGUCUUCCGGGCAGUCGAGCAGCUUGUCCCCUGCAUCUGGCAGCAGGGCUGCUCUGCCGUCCCUUGCUGCUGCCGCGCCUGCUACUGCUCACAGCAAGCCCACGACACGUGCUAAUGCUGUGGGCAGCCCACUUGGUGAUGCUCUAUCAUCGGACACUCUUUCGGCUCUAUCAGAGUUCACACCCGAGCAUGUUCGUCUAUUGUUGAAUAUAGUUACUACUAAACCUGAUAAAAUGAUUGGUGAGUCUUUUUCCUUAUCUUGGAUCAUCGACACCGGCACCUCUCAUCAUGUUACUGGUGACGCAUCUUGCUUAUUGGAUGUACACUCUAUGUUAUCGUGCCCUGUUGGUCUUCCGGAUGGUACACAAGCUCUUGCUACGAAAGAGGGGCGAGUGUAUUUGGCUGACAACAUCACUCUUGAGAAUGUUUUAUUUGUCCCUCAAUUAAAUUGCAAUUUAAUAUCGGUGUCAAAAAUGAUUGAUGAUUCAAAUUGUUAUGUCCGAUUCACUGACUCUUUAUGUGCUAUACAGGACCAACACUCGGGGAGCCUGAUUGGAGGCGGUGAACGAAUUGAUGGACUCUACUAUUUCCGGCGAAUUCCAACAGUAUGUGCGGUGACAACUCCGACGGUUUCUACAUUCGAGCUAUGGCAUCGUCGUAUGGGGCAUCCAUCGGAUCAAAUCGUCGAGUUAGUAACUGCUGUUAGUACUAGUUCUAGUAGCAAAGUCUUGAAUAAAGCAUGUGAAAUUUGUCCACAAGCUAAACAAUCACGGGAUAGUUUCCCGGAUAGUGAUAGUUGGGCUAGCCGGAUUUUUGAAAUGAUUCAUUGUGAUUUAUGGGGGCCAUAUAAGACAUCUUCUACUUGUGGUGCUCAUUAUUUUUUGACUAUUGUUGACGAUUUUUCUAGAGGUGUUUGGGUUUAUUUGUUAAAUGAUAAGACUGAAGUUCAUUCUUCAUUUUGCUCUUUCUUUGCUAUGGUUAAAUGCCAAUUUGAUGUUCAUGUUAAAUGUGUGCGGAGUGAUAAUGGUACGGAAUUCAAACCUAUGAUUUCGUAUUUUAAUGAAAAUGGCAUUUUAUUUCAAACCUCUUGCGUUGGUACCCCACAACAAAAUGGUAGAGUAGAGCGUAAACACCAACAUAUUUUGAAUGUGAGUCGUGCAUUAAUGUUUCAGGGUGAUUUGCCGAUUGGUUUUUGGGGUGAAUGUGUUCUUGGUGCGGUUUACUUAAUUAAUCGUACUCCCUCUCGAUUACUAGAUAAUAAAACACCUUUUGAAAUGCUUUUUGGCAAGGAACCUAAUUUUGAUGAAUUGAGAGUGUUUAGGUGUCUUUGCUUUGCUCAUAAACAAAAGGCUAAGGGUGACAAAUUUGCUCCUAGAAUUAGGAAGUGUGUGUUUGUGGGUUAUCCACACGGCAAGAAAGGGUGGAAAUUGUAUGACUUGGAGACGGGAGAAAUUUUUGUUUCACGUGAUGUGAAAUUUUAUGAACUUGAAUGUCCGUUUGCAAAGGCUGGUGAUGCUCAUGUGGGUACUAUGGAAGCACCACACGACACUAGGGACAUUGACACUAUUUUUUUGGACGAUUUGGAGAGUGUUCUUGAGGUGAGUGAAAGCUCUCUUGAGCCAGAGCACAUGGACAGCAGCGCUGCAGGCGGCUUCCCUGCAUCUCCUGCCACUGCUUCCCCUGUGCUGCAUGUUGCUACUACUGCCGGCAGCCUAGACCGCGACUCCCCUGCGGUUUCUAGUGCUGCCCUGACAGGGUAA